CGCGUGCGCAGUGCGUGGCCGGGGUGAGCCCGUACGGCGCAGCGCGUGAGGAGCCGGCCCCAACCCUCAGUGAUGUAAGUGUCACCAGAUUCAGACUCUGUCAUGCACACUCUGCUUCCUGAUCCCAGCACCAUAGAAAUAUUGUGUCCCUUUCGGAAAGCAUGCAACCAAAGCCAUGAGUACAAAUAAACAGUGGGAUGUUAACAAAGCGCUGGCUGUUGCCAGCCUCUUCCAUUUUUUUUCCAGUGCAGGAAAUGCCUGUGUGAUUCCAUUUUUAACUCUUUACUUCCGGCAGCUGGGGCUGACUGCCCCUUUAGUAGGUAUUAUCAUUGGAAUUAAGCACUUAAUAUCAUCUCUCUGGGCUCCACUAUGCUCCUACUUUGCAAAGAGCCACAGGAAAAGGAAAGUUCUCAUUACUGGAUCAUUGCUGUGUUCAGUGGGAACCGGUUUGCUGCUUACAGUUGUCCCACCUUUGAGUAAGGAUGUUGUGUACAAAUAUUGUAAUAUAAGCCAGCAAUCAAGUAGCUUAUUGAAUUCAGUCGAGAUGCCUGACAUGAGUCUGAACAAUCUGAGUGCUGUAAAUCCCAGUACAGUUACCAAUAAAGAAAUGGUGUCCGCAGAAACACUAAGAACAGCUACAGAUGUUUCGGUGACGAGUGGAAAGCCACCACUAACAAGUUCAGCUUUCCAAGAGUUGUUUAACUUUACAGAUGCACAGAAGAAGAAUGGUAAAAUAACUGGUGAAGUGGAAAUAACUGCAGACCAUUACAAUAGUAGGCCUUUUGGCAAGAUAGCCUCUUCUAUGAAUGCAAUUAACGAGAUGAUACAAGAACUUGAGACACUCACUUCAAAUGAAACACCAAUCCAUAGGCUUGAGAAGGAAACCAAAACUCCAGAGGCUGGGCUGCUGAAUGUGAAUAGUAAUCCUGAGAAAAACCUUUCUAUUGGUGGAAGUACUGAAUUUUCUUUACUUCAAACAAACCCUCACCCUGCUGAUCGAGCUGUUUAUGUUUUUGAAAAUCUGUCGAGUCACUGGGAGAAAGUUCGGGAUGUCAACUUUGAGCUUCUACAAGAUAUUAACUUUCUUGACCGUGAGCACCAGAUUUUUCUCAUGGUGCUAGGUGCUGUUGUGUUUUGGGAGCUGUUGGCUGCACCUCUCGAAUGGAUGGUUGAUGACAGUCUUUAUGAAUAUCUUGACUUUGUUGAUGCAACUGACCGAUAUGGGAAGCUUUGGAUUUGGAGUUAUUUGGGUGCAUCUGGAGGAGCCUGUGGUAUCACCAUAUUUGUAGAUCAGUUGAACUGCUUCCUCAGUGCUAAAAUCUCUCGUCUCGCUGUGCACUUCUAUGGCUAUGCUGUACUGAUCACACUCACAUUGCUCAUCAGUGUCUUUCUUCCUAUCCAUGUUUCCAAGAAAACAGAGCAUGUGAACAAAACUGUCAAAGCUUUGAACCUCAUUGGAAGUGAUGGCCGAACAAUUCUUUCUGCUGUCACCGUCUUCCUUACAGGAGUCAUUGGAUCUACUGUGCAGAAUUUUCUCUUCUGGCAAAUGCAGGACCAAGGCAGCAGUGAAUUAUACAUGGGUGUCUCAGUGGCUAUUGGACUGAUUGCUGAAAUUGUGCUUUAUGUCUUUAAAAGCAAGUUACUAAGGGCUCUCUCAAGUAAUGGUACUGUCGCACUGAGUUUAAGCUGCCUUUCAGCACAGCUUCUGUACUAUUCAUUCCUAUGGAAUGCAUGGUCAGUACUGCCUAUUCAGAUGUUGUGUGCCUUCAGCAAUGGUGCCUUAUGGUGGGCAGUUAAUAUGUUGGUUGACGAUGUAGCCAGUCCUGGGACAGAGAGAGCUCUGCACAUCGUCCUUCAGGGCCUCUCAUAUGGUUGUGGAGCUAGCCUGGGAAGCUUUGCAGGCGGAUUUGUUGUGAGCCACUUUGGCUUGGCAGUUCUGUAUAGGGCAUGCUCUAUAAGUUUGGCACUGUGGUUAAUCUUGUUCCUGAUUGUCCAGUCUAAGUUGCCUCGGCAGAAAAAAAUUAAUUAUUCUCGUCUCCUGGCUGCAGAUCCUAGUGAUGAGAGUGACUCUGACGAGGAGAAGGAAAGGGACUGGCUAGUGAAAGCUAUGAAAGAUGAGACCUUCAGUAGGAAUUGGUAACACAAUCAUAUUUGAUCAGCUGUUCUGCAGUAGAACAAAUUCAGAGUACAAAGGUGAAAUUAUUAGGCAGGAGGGAAAGAAAUGCCCAGGAAUGACUAAUAAUUCCUAAGUGAUGGAAUAGACUGUACAUAUUUGCUUGGAAAGCUGUGUAUCAAGACUAUGUUUUAUAAAUCUUUUAUUUUCUUAAGAUUAAUUUAUAGUAAAUAUUUGUAGCAUUUUUUAACUUAAUCAUUACGUUUCCCAAAUCCAAGUGGAAGGCCUUUUGAGAUGUGCGUUUGCUAAAAUAACUGCAAUUUAGUUUUUAAUCCAAAGGCAGAAUUUGGAUGCACAUUUCUCAGAGCUAUAGCAGCUGACGGUGGGAGCUGUAUCUUAGCACAGUCUAAUCAAUUUUUAAAUAUUUACAGUGCACUAAAGUCAGUAAGAAACCAUCCCUCCCAGGCUCAGUUUUCAACAAAUAAGGAUUAUUAAUGAAAGAAACACCCUGUUGGCUUUAGUUUGACCUCUAAAAUCAGUCUUGCUGUAGGCUUGGUCAGCAGUGAAAAAUUAUAUUGGCAUAGCUACGUUGGUCAGGGGUGUGAAAAAAGAUAGCUCUGGCGACACAACCCCUAGUGUGGAUGCAGCUAUGUCACCAGAAGUGCUUCUGUUGAUCUAGCUAAUAUAUUUGGGGAAGUGCUGUCCCUGCAUGGACAGAAAAACCCCUUUUGUUAGCGUAGGCAGCAUCUACAUUAGGAGGCUGUGCCGACAUAACGUCCAUAAUGUAGACACAGCCAUAGACUGCACAUGUUUAUGAUGGCAGUGUAGUCUAGUGGAUAGAGCACUAGGUGAUCUCAGAAGACUUGGCUUCCUCUGCCACUGGCCUGCUGGAUGACUUUGGACAAGUCACUUUCCCUUCCUGCACCUCAGUUUUCCCUGUCCGUAAAUGAUACUUUGUAAAGGGCUUUGAGGUCUAUGGAUUAAAACCCCUGUAAGAGCUAGAUAUUUAUGGUGGUUGUUUAGCUAGGGGUAUAAUUGUUUAGGUGACUGUGAAGACAGUGUUGACAAAUAACUGGGCUUCCUUAUAGUCAAUAUUUUUAAAAGGGUGGCUGGAGUACACCCCCAAAUGUUGGCUCACUGAAUUCAACAAAGCAUCAUGUGGCUUAUCUUUGACAUAGUGCGUCCUUGGGCCUCUGAGGACCAUCUGUUUCAUCUUGAUCUGAGUAGCCUCUGCUUGGAUCAGUAUGCAGUAAUGCAGGCAGGUGACCUGUGUGUAUACUUGUAGCAUGGUAUUCACAAAAAUGCUUAGCACUGGACUGAACUGCUUCCAUUGUAAUCAAUAGAAUCAUUGACUUCUGUGGGAGCACAGUUAAGGCCCAGGCUGAGUGCAUUUGAAAAUCCCACCCAUAUAGUCCCCAUCACUGGAGUAUUACAAACUUUAGUAAAUCAUCCUUGUAAGGUUGGGAAGUAGCAUCGUCUGCACAGAAAGAUGGAAUGACUUGCCCAGUGUCACACAAGGUGUUUGUGGCGGAGCUGAAUCUAGAUCUCCAAAGUCCCAGGACACUGCUGAAACCACAGUGCUAUCCUUCCUCUACCUGGACUUGUGCAGACUGCAUCUCCAUAUUAAGGAUAGAGAUGGCUAGAGCACCAUCUUUUAUAUCUUUCAAAAGAUAGCUGCUACCUUCUUUAUUUUGUGCAAGUUAAACAUGGCACUUUCUACACCCUUUUGAUUGGGGUAAGUUUGGGCAACCUGUAUUUUUAGAAUACACUAUUCAGUGCAUUUGGACAGGAAUGUAUCUGCACUUCUCAGGGGCUGGUAAAUGAGUAACUUUAAAGAGCCCCCGAGAUUUGUCCAAUUUAUAAUCUCAAACGCAUGCAAAUUCCAGCAUAGUUUUCUUUAUAGGCACCUACAAAAUAAAAAUGAUUUGGCUGACCUCACCAAAAGGUCCAUAUUAGACCUAACUAAAAAUGGGUCAUGAGUCUUUUUGCCCUUCAGGCUAAGGUUGAGUGUAGUGUCAGUGUAGUAGUUAUACCAUCUUUCAAAAGUUUACCUCCUUCCUUUUCAGAGGAAUGGGGUUUAAUGCUUAGUGGGUGUUUCAAUAUAGUUUGCUAGUUCAGGCUUAAAGUUUUACAAACCAUGAGAGUGGUAGCUGCAAGCAAACUAAAUAUUUUGGCACGUUUAACAUGCAAUAGUAGCAGCACUCAUAAAAGAGCUGUAAAUAAAAUGAUAUGCACUUGGCUUAAUGAAUGUUUGACCUAACACCUUCCUAAUUCAUUGGGAAGUGGUACAGAAGUGACCAGCAAGGAAAGGGGAUACCAUUGAAUGGUAUUUUGUUGCUAAUUACACAUCAGUAACAACUGAUAUGCAUGUCAGAUCAUUUCAGCCCAACAAGCUGCCCGCAACUUGCUGGCACAAAUCCACUUUGCCUUGCAAUAUACUCAAUUCUCUAUAUAAAGCAUUUCAAGUAGUCCUCGUGCCAAGAACAGCUACAAAACUUAUUUUAUCUUGUCUAUCAGAAGGGGAAAAAAAUGUUACUAUCUCAUAGGAAUUCAAAUCAAACAAGCUGGGAACAAUUUUAGUGUCAAAAGAAUUUGCAUCUCAGCCCUGUUAUCACAUAGUACCUCAUCAGCAAGUGGUGAUCAGUAAUACAUAGCACAAAUUACUUAUUUUUAAAAGUUAAAAGGUAUCUGACAGCAACCAUAAGUAAAAUAAAGAAGUUGCCAAUGCAGUAUUUAAAGGGACAGUGUCUGUUAGACACUCUGAUACACGGGGAUGUUUAGAAAUUUGAGAGAACUUAAAUUUGGCCUCAAAUUUAGUAAAAACAAGCUUUUGUAAAACCUCAGACCAAUGGAAAUGUACAUUUUUAAAGUCCAGUGAAAACAGGUUUUUUUAAUCAGAAACAGUCGCCUUCAGCGGUUGAAACUCUAGAUUUUAUAGCAUAAAAACUCUGGAAGUGAAACUGACUCAGUGCUCUUCUACAACAGACCUUAACUACGUAUGUUUCUACUUAAAUCUGUGCAACACCCUUGUGUAGACACUUCCUCACACCUUUCUCUGCUUGAAGCUGAGUCUAUCUCUGCAAUACUCUCAGCCCCAGCAAUGAAAAGUGAGGGGCUGUGUGCAGAAUAAUAGGCGAUUCUCCUGCCCUUUAGAGGCUCAACUUGCUGGUUCGACAGCAUUCCCAGGCCCUUCUACCCAGCAGAACAAGGGGCAAAAUUUAACUGUCCUUGACAUUCACUUAACUCCUUUUAGUUGGUUUUUCUAGCUCUAAUUCCAUUUGCUUUAGUUGGUUUCUGUCAUAUCCCUAGCAUUGUUUUAACAACUAUGAAACUUGUCAAGGCUUUUAAUGCUAUUAGGACUAAAAAACCAACAACUUCAUAUCAACUAAACUGCCAUUGUGUAGUGUAGGUAUUCAAUCUCUUGUAAAAUAAGUGAAUGGCUACUCUUGGUGGAUUUAGAAAUACACCCACACCAACAACAUGUACAUAGAUCACCUACUAAUAGCCCCAAAGUAUUAAUGAAAUUCCUGCAUGGAUGUUUUCCUGUUGCACUAUCAUUUAUUAUUAUUUACAGUAUUAACAGGAGUGUCCUAUGUAAGAUAUGGGAGCUUUAAUUGUUGUGCUCUACUUGGCAAUGGAGAGGCCUCACUUGGAGUACUAUGUCCAGUUCGGGGCACCACACUUUAAGAAAGAUUUGGACAAAUUAGAGAGAGUCCAGAGAAGAGCAACAAAAAUGAUAAAAUAUUUAGACAACCUGAUGUACUGGGAAAGGUUAAUAAAACUGGAUGUGCUUAGUCUUGAGAAAAGACGACUUUGGGGCGGGGGCUGUGGGGACCUGAUUAAGCCUUCAAAUAUGUAAAAGGUUGUUAUAAAAAGGAUGGUGAACAAUUGUUCUCCAUGGCAACUGAAGGUAGGACAGGAAGUAAUGGGCCUAAUCUGCAGCAAGAGAGAUUUUGGUUAGAUAUUAAGAAAAAAAUUCUAACUAUAAGCAUAGUUUAGCACUGGAAUAGUCUGCCAAGGGAGAUUAUGGAAUCCUCGUUUUUUGAGGUUUUAAGAGCAGAUUAGAUUGAUUUUUAGUAGGCAAGGCCUCAGUCACUAAAAUUAGCAGAUUGGUUGUGUAAGAAAGUGCCAACAUAGUCACUUUGCUGACCAUAACUAAUCUUUAAAGUCUGCAGAACACUACACAACUCUGAUUCAAAUAGCCAGAAUUUAAAUAACUGGUUGCAUCAUCUUAUAUUUUGAUUUUUAUCACUGAAUCCUAAGAAAACUACCUUCUGCAACAUUCUAGGUUCUAGCUUUUUCCUCUGUGUCCUAUACAAGCAUUGUAACCAGAGCUGUGUGCAGCAGCGUGGCUUCAUUUCACAGUGUGAUGUUGCAAACUUAUCCUUUAAUUUCUGUUCAUGUGUGGUUCACGUUCUCUGAGAUUUCCUUAAAGUUGCAGGAUCCAACAGAACUACAAUCUCAAAGCGAAAUUCAGGUGCAAUUGUAAAUUUUUCAUGCUUCUGAUUCAGAAUUGUAAGAAUUGUCCUGGGAGCUCCAAAAAGAUUCAUUAGACUCAGCAGACCUUUCUACAAAGCUUUUUUUCCACUCUUGAGUUUGUAACGAAAUAUAAAUCCAGGUGAGUUUCUAGAAAGGAUUUCAGGUUUUGUAAUGGACACUUUCCCCAGCUCUGCUUGUAACAAAUACAUCUCCAAGUCGAUUUCCUUAAAGUGGCCCCAGUUAGCUGUAACUUCACCUGAAUGUCAGAUAUUUUCAGCAAUGUUAUAUUACAAAUAGGAAUAUUUGCAUGUUCCAAAACUUAAAAAGUGGAGCUCUCCUGAAUCUGCCCUCUUUUAUCAUGGAAUAUGCUGCCUUUCCGGCAUCAUGUGCACUCUAUCAAACACCACUAAGACUUUUCAUAUUACUUUACCAGUAAAAAUGCUGCUCAUUCUUUUUGCCUGUCUCUGAAAUAUGCGCUGUUCUGAGGGCUGUGUGAAUGGUGUGCUCCAAAUCAGAUUUAAGCACUUGGAAGAGUGAAAUAAGAUUGGAACUCGAUAUUGAAUUGCUAACGUUGCAAAUUGUUGAGAUGGUACCUUCUGUAGACUUCAUAAUUGAAGAUACCUUGUACGCACUUUCUGAGCUAUUAAGCAGGUAUUGACUCUUGGUUAGGUGAACAUGUAGGGAACUAACCCAAGAGAUAAAUAUUGACCGAGAAGGAUAUCAAUAUUUACCCUGAGAAUUCUUGAAGCUUAUUAAACAUGAAGUCAGCAUACAGUAUAUAUUGCUACAUUCAUUCAAACAGACACAUUUUUAAAGAAGCCUCAACCCAGUUUCUACUCGUUCAGGGGCUGGGACUAAGUCUUCCUAUGUGUGUGUACAUUGCUUAACCUAACUGGCCUCAAUCCUCAUUGGGACCUCUGGACACUAUAAUACAAAUACUGUUAUUGUGCCCAAAGUCAAUGAUGCAUACAAAUUAGGUAAAGAAACACCUAAAACGCUAGUAGUCUGUAACCCAAAAAUAGAAGCUAGAUUGAGGUACCUUUACAAAUUUAAUCUUAAUAUCUUCAUCUGUAACAUUUAGAAAAUUUUCCGCUAUGGCUGUGGAUUUCUGGUAUAACAGUUUGCUUUCUCCGUCUAUCCUUCCUCUAGGUUGUCUAUAGUGACAAUCACUCUAGUAACUAAAACUGCUCCCUUCUAUUUGGGCCAGCAGUCUACCGGGGAGAUAAUGUUAGAUGGCUAGUAAAAAAGUAUAGUCAUGUGACCCAGCCAGCCAGGUAACAGAACUUUGUAUGUGUGAUUUGAUUGGACAUAGGAUGAAUUCAAAAACAUCUGUAAUUGACUUCUGAGCCAAUGAUGUUGCUGUUGUUUGCAUAUGCAAUCUAAUUAUUAACGAUGAUUUCAGAGUUCCCUAUUGAGUUAAGCGAUAGAAAACAGCUGAAUUAUCACAUGACUUGUAAAGCCAUGAGGAGCCAAACAUUUAUUUUAUAGUUCUUCCACAAGAAUAGGAUUUCAGGUUCACCAAACUGAAGAGAGCUGGUAAAAUCUGGAUAUAGGAACCUAGAUUUUGCAGGUAGCCAUCAGCUGCCUUGUGUUGCUCAGUGAUAUAUUUGAAUGUGAUGAUAGGCAGAAGUUUAACAAUGUGGUGAUUAAUUGAGAGUACAUGGCCCUUGCUGCUUCAUGGAAAAUUUUUUGAAGGCUUUGAUUCUUGUGUAUUUUAUAGUGUGUGCCUUAGAGCUAUAUGAAAUUUCUUAUUGUCUACUCAAAUAAUUGCCUUUUAAAGAGCUCUAAAUCACCAUAUCUGUCUUAAUGUUUUCCCACCUGCCGUUUAAUAUUUUUGGCAUUUGUCCGCAUAUCUCAAAUACUAUAGAGACUGUGUUGCUGUUUUCUUGAAUUAGGCAAUGCACUUUAAUAUUAAGCUUUUAAUAUAUGUACCCUUUCUACUGGAUAUCAAUGUACUUGCACCCUUUGACUUUUUAUAGAAAUAACUAUGUACUGAGAAAUUGUUGGACUUUUAAGACAUUCUUCAGUUACACUGGAAGUUUUGCUAUUAGUAAAUCUGUUUUUAUGCAGCCUAAUGUAAAAAUCUUUUUAGAACAGGGUCCAUUAAAGACUUUUAGCCUUGAAUUCUAGGACUUUGGGAGGCUGUGCAUGUAGUCAGACUUACACAUUUAUGCUUGAGAAUUGAUUUGCACAGGGCAUGCUGACUGGAACAUAAAUGUGCUGGCCUGCUUGCAACUUGACUUCCUACCUUACCAUGUGGAACGGCCAACACAUCUGAAUGUAACUUUUUCAUUUGAAAUUAGUUCUGCCUUCCGUUUUGCAGUGAUUUUAUUUGAUGACGACGGUGGAGCAAACUGACCUUCAUGCUUUAAUUGGAUCAUAAACUCAGCCAUGUGAUUCUUUAACUGUUGCUAGAUUAAAUCCUGUAUUUUUAGUAGCACAAUAUAAAUGUCUAAAACAUUCUCAUUUUGGCCAGUAGCGUUUUACACUCCUGAAGAUGAGACUAUCCCUGUAAAUAUUCAACUCUUCUGUUGAUUAAACAGUUUACACUGUUGUUUUUCCCUGCAAUGCAGAGCAGUGAAAACAAAUCUGAGGUGAUUUUCAUUGAGAGCUCACAAAUGGGUUUUAUGGCGGAUGCUCUUCAUUUAAUGAGCUGAGUCACAGUCAGAUGCUGGAUUCUUUUACAUUUUACAUGUGUAAUUGAGGUACAAUAAUAAGCUGCUUGAUUUUAAAAACAAAUUGAAGUAUAAAUAAACCAGCAGGUGUUUGUACUUGUACAGGAAAGAGCCAUUUCCUGCCUCCACAGAGAUUGUUUGCCUCAUUAACAAUAAAUGAUUUGACCAAUAGUUGAAAAGUACAGUGCAACUUCUAAAAACUUGCAGUGCAUGAACUAGGAAGCCCAAGAUAUUCUUGGGGCUGAACAGCUCUUGAAAAUACUGAGGUUAUAUAUUUUCCGAAAACCACAAUCUCGUCAAGUGCCCGAUAUUGCAUUCCUUAAUGCCCUAAAUUACUGCAUUAAUACAGUGCAGGUGAUGGUACUGUAUUUGCAAAUCAUUGGUUAUUAAGAGAGGGAAAAGGUAUUCGCGUCAACUACUGUGAAUAAUCACAGGUCAUCCAUGCUGGGUUCUGCUGCUGUCUUUCAAUUUGAAAUCAACAUUUCCAGAAUCCUCUGCCUUUCAUAAACACCUCUUCAUUUGUCAUCUGUAUAUUUUUGCUGCCAACCUCUGUUUGCACUGAGUUUACAAGCAGAAUAAAUACCUUUUAAUUAA